AUGGAGCAUGACAGUGAUUCUCCCACCACGAGCGAGUCACAAACGCCGACGUUCCCCGUUGAAGGUGGGGGAAACACCGGCGGAACUGCAGGGAUGCCCCAAAUGAUGCCCGGAAUGGCGGCGAUGAUGCCCCAAAUGCCGGCGAUGAUGGGCGGGUACUAUAAUAUGUGCCCUUGGAUGGUGCCCCAAAUGUCCGGGGGGAGUGGAGGGACGGUGCCCCAAAUGCCCGGGAGGAGUGGAGGGAUGGUGAUGCCCGGGGGGAGUGGAGGGAUGGUGCCCCAAAUGAUGCCCGUGAUGGGGGGAAUGAUGCCCGGUAUGAUGCAGGGCAUGCCUACUGCUGCGGGGGUAGCAAAGUGGGGGCCCCCCCAAUCGCCUGGGGACAAUGUGUAUCGCCCCUACAUGGAUUUAUUGUCUAGUGAUUCCCAGAGGGCGACGGCGGACGAGGGAGAUGAGGAGGAGGCCGGCGAGGGAAAGAGGACCGCCUGUAGCGAGGCGGAGUGCGUCGCCCUGGCAAAGGCCUGGAUGAGUAUAGUCGAUGAUCCCUACAUCGGGGCUAACCAGACAUCAACAGGAUGUGGUGGCGCAUUAGCCAGAACUACAUCAAAUUCAACCCGACAGGAUUCCACCAAGUUUCGUGCGGGUGUUGAAGCUUGUUGGCCGAAGCGGGCGAAGCUCAACUCCUCCGGCGAGUACAGCAGCAGUGCCGGUUCCCACGACCUCCCCGAAGCCGCCGCAGAGAUCCCGACCCCUCCAUCGUUCUCCCGCCGCGGUCGCCCGAUUGGGCAAAAGACCGCGAUGCGGACGGCUAGGGGAAGCACCGGCGGGUCCCACGAGGUCCAAUCGGCACCUCCUAGCCAGGACAAUGCCGAACUCACCCACCUCACGCGCAUGCAGCAUAAUCAUACUUUACUCGACACCAUAGAAAAGUGGCGGGAGGCGACUAACCCCUUAUACAAGGAGAUGUUGAAGGGGGUCAUCGACAGUAUGAGACGUGAGUUGGGUCUCGCACCCCUGCCCGGGAGUGACGGCGGGUCUGGCCAAGGGGACGACGCGAAGUGA